UCGAGCACAUCGUGUGUCGUUCAUUUUCCGUAGUCGUGGUUAUCGUCCCGUCGUUGGGGGGCUGUAGCUGUCGCUUCGCAUUUAAUGCUGUUGUCGCAGUAGUUUAGGCAUCGUGUCGCCUCGUGCAUCGCCUGCCUGCAUCUCCGAGGCUUUUUCCGUUUCUCAGUCGAGUACGUGGUCUUGCACGAAACGGUCGAGGUCGAAGUCUGCAGGAGAAGGAAGGCAGUUCAGUUUUUGGCAGCAGCACUAGGAACCCACACCCUGCGAAAGCGGUCGGAUACGGACACGUGCGAAGCAAACGGCCAGUAUACGUGGAGCAUUGCAGAAGUGGGGGAAAGACAUUGACAACUUCGAGUCUCGACGCGCAAUAAUACAUCCCCGAGAGAUCAGGCGAUCAUUUUUUUUUUUGGCGUGCCAUUUUUUUGUUACUGUUGGGCCUUUAAGCGCCUUCAUCGUGAUUCCGUAAUAACACACAACACUACAGCUGCAAGAGGCAAUGGGCGACAUGCAAAUUGUUAGUCAUCCCAAUCAUACGAUUCCGUUUUCCCUGCAACUGCUUCCAAUUCGAUUGUCAUUCGUCCUGGAUUCAAAGUAUAUAAAUGCUCAAAGGAAAUAUAUGCAAACCACACCACAAAUCAAACAGUCAAUGACAGUUUCACAACCACAGCGGGAAAAUAUUGCGACUGCUUUGCUACCAAAUGCCAACUGUGAUUAACCAGCCAACACGUUUCAUCGAGCGAACAUUUUGAAAAAUGUUAAACAAACAAAAUGAAAUUAUUGAGUAUAACCUCUGGAAGACAUUGCUUAGGAAGGCUCUGCAUUGAUAAGAUAUAAGUUUACUGUUGGAUUUUAAAAGCAAUCAAACCAAUUUCACAUAAUAUCCCUCGACUGAUCCGGACCAAGACAGGAAAAAGUAAUCAACAGUUCUGUAUAAGUUCCGGUAAUAUACUGCAGAUGCGCAUCUACUCACUAAUCAAACUGCCACAAGGAAAAAUUAAAUACAAUAAAAGUACCAAUUUGGUCUCUAGGCAGUUAGGGCAAUAGCUUGGUUCUUGCCACUUGCGACUUGCGACUUGCCACUUGCCACAAAUGUCGACAAAAAUCCUUUGUCGGGUUGUCAUGACAGUCUGAAAAAAGGACAGAGAUCGAGAGACCACCGAGCCGCCCCACAUCCAGGCACAGACCCUGGCCAGAGCUGAAUCAAGCCAUAAUUCCAAGCCAAACGGUUACAGCGAACAAUUUUUCCUGAAUAUUGGCACCUCAAAUUUAAAGACCGCCUUCUUCCUGCAGGGUCGAAGGUAAGGUAUGCCGAAUUAACAACAAUAACAAUUCACAACAAUACAAACUGCAGAGUUUUUGGCAGCACAACAGCACCACACCAAUCCUAUCCCAACCCAUCGCUCGAGCAUCAAGAAAUUACAAUAAUAUAAAAUGGGUAGCAAUAGUUAAGAAAAAAAUACUUGCCGGGAUGAACUGUUAGCGCCUGUCUUCUCGUCUAUCGGCCAAGUCCUAAUUUGGUUGGCUUAUUGAUUUCGCCAAUCGACCCGACAUUUCUUUUGGUAGCAUCCUCGACUUUGUCGAUGAAUAUUUGCAUUUCCAAUUAGCAGACUUUGCCGCCACAGCUCGAGUGAUACGAUAGGGUGAUAAGACCGAGCAAACCAUAAAUCGGGCAACCAAUCUAUUGAACUCUAUUGAAUUGGACAGAAUGAGUUUCUUGCAGCCAUACGUACCAUCUAGAGCCGCCGUUGACGCCGUCAUAUGGCUGGCUUAUGGCCUGGGAUUCCUCAUUAUGUUUCCAGCUUGCUUUGCUGGCCCGCACGAGAAGCGCUUACUGCAUGCACUACUGGACAACUACAACAGCUUGGAACGGCCCGUGGUAAAUGAAUCAGAUCCAUUGCAGUUGAGUUUCGGACUAACGCUUAUGCAGAUUAUCGAUGUGGAUGAAAAGAAUCAGUUGCUUAUAACUAAUAUUUGGCUUAAAUUGGAAUGGAAUGAUAUGAAUCUACGCUGGAAUUCCAGUGAGUUUGGUGGUGUGCGGGACUUGCGAAUUCCGCCCCAUCGUUUAUGGAAGCCGGAUGUGCUCAUGUACAACAGUGCAGAUGAGGGCUUCGACGGCACCUAUGCUACUAAUGUGGUGGUGCGCAACAACGGGAGCUGCUUGUACGUUCCACCGGGAAUCUUUAAGUCAACGUGCAAGAUAGAUAUCACCUGGUUUCCAUUUGACGAUCAGCGAUGUGAAAUGAAAUUUGGAUCGUGGACAUAUGAUGGCUUUCAGUUGGAUCUGCAGUUGCAGGAUGAAGCUGGCGGAGACAUUUCUAGCUUCAUAACAAACGGAGAGUGGGAUCUGCUAGGUGUGCCCGGCAAACGAAAUGAAAUCUACUAUAAUUGCUGCCCAGAACCUUAUAUUGACAUAACAUUCGCCAUUUUGAUACGACGUAAAACCCUGUAUUAUUUUUUCAAUUUAAUUGUGCCGUGCGUACUAAUUGCCUCCAUGGCACUGCUAGGGUUUACACUUCCGCCAGAUUCUGGUGAGAAGCUUUCACUUGGAGUUACUAUUUUACUAUCGCUCACAGUCUUCCUCAACAUGGUUGCAGAAACAAUGCCAGCGACUUCUGACGCCGUGCCGCUUUUAGGAACUUAUUUCAAUUGCAUUAUGUUUAUGGUGGCCUCAUCAGUUGUGUCAACCAUACUUAUCCUCAAUUAUCAUCAUAGAAAUCCAGAUACGCAUGAAAUGAGUGAAUGGAUAAGAGUAAUAUUCCUUUAUUGGUUACCUUGCAUAUUGCGCAUGCAAAGACCCGGACAGGUUGGAUACGAAUGUCCGCCACCGCCCUCCUCAGCGGGCUCGUCGACAGCAGGCGACAAAAAGCAACAAAUACAAAAUGUUGAGCUCAAGGAAAGGUCCUCAAAGUCGCUGCUUGCAAAUGUCCUUGAUAUAGACGAUGAUUUUCGCUGUAAUCAUCGAUGUGCCAGUUCCACAUUGCCGCACCAGCCAACAUAUUACAGGACAAUGUACAGGCAAGGGGAUGACAGCAGCGUUGGACCCGUGGGUUCAGUAGGACCUGUGGCCGCUGUUGCCGAGGCCCGUAUACACGAAGCCAUCUCUCAUACCUGUCUUAGCUCAUCGGCAGAAUACGAGUUGGCGCUAAUACUGAAGGAGCUACGCUGGAUAACCGAUCAGCUGAAAAAAGAGGACGAGACUGGCGACAUAACACGAGACUGGAAAUUCGCUGCUAUGGUCGUUGAUCGUUUGUGCCUUAUUAUUUUCACGCUGUUUACUAUUAUUGCAACCCUGGCGGUUUUAUUCUCAGCACCACAUUUCAUCUUUCCAUAAAAACGGACGCUGGAUGAGGAGGAUGGGUGGAAGAAAAUGCAGUUUGAAGCACAGCAGGACUGUCUACAGUGGCAAAUUCGCGUGUUACGGACAAACAUUCAAAGAUUUAAUUUUGUAAGAUGUGCGAGAAAAAUCAAAAACAUAGAUACAUAUUUGUGCAUUAACCUACGAAAACGAGGUGUAAAAGCGAAAACCAUUCAUUCCGACAUUCUUUCGGCAUCCAAUUUCGACAGAUGUAUCGGCAGCUCUUAAUGUGAAAACAGAAACAUAUAACAUAUACAAGCAUAUUUUCAUGCAUAUAUGUAUGUGUAUGCAGAUGUACAUUUUUUGUAUGGAUAGUAAAGUCGAGAUGAACUAAUAAUACAUACAUAUUUGCAUCCAUGUGCACAAAAGUAUGCAUGUGUGCAGCACAAUAUAUACAUACACACUUACACUGCCGAUCAAUAGAAUAGACUCAAUGCAUUUUCUAUAGGAAAUUUAAUUUAAACGAGGUGGAACGUUGUGAGUUGCUGCGGACACCGCAACUCUACAGUUAUACCCGAUACUAA